UAUGCUGACCGGUAUCGUAGAUGCAAUUCUUUGUUGUUUUUCUGGGAAGUCUUCAAACAUUGUGGUCCCUAUUAAGACAUCUGAGCCUACAGACCAUUUUGAGUUUGUGGAGGUAAAGCCUGGCAGAGUGAUACGUAUCUGUCAUAUUAUCCCUCAGCGAGCUGUGAUAGAGGAACCAGACACAGGAGAGGUGGGUACGCUGAACUGUAAGAGGAAAAUCACUAUGUAUCACAACGGACAGUUAUUCAUUGAUAACAUGAAUGAAGCAACUCACCCAGAACUGGUGUGCUGCCAAAAUGGAGAGAGUGCUAUUGAGGUGGAUGUUGUGGGCAGUAACAACACAGCCUCAGGACAGGCUGUAGAGUCCAGCAUGGUAGUAACACAAGAGCAGCCACAAUGCAAAUGGUGCAAACCCAAACGUACUGUGAUAAUUGACUGUGAACGCAAGAUCACCCAGUGCAAAGAGACACACUCGGAUGUGGCCUUGUUCUUCAUUCAUGGAGUAGGAGGCUCUAUGGAUAUUUGGGAGAGCCAACUGGACUAUUUCUCUCAGCUCGGUUAUGAGGUGAUUGCACCAGAUCUAGCUGGCCAUGGAGCCAGCUCUGCACCUCAAAUCACAGCUGCCUAUACAUUUUACGCCCUUGCUGAUGAUGUAAGAAUCAUAUUCAUGAGAUAUGCAAGACGACGGAAUAUUCUCAUUGGGCAUUCAUAUGGUGUGUCUUUCUGCACCUUUCUGGCCCAUGAGUAUCCCGAUCAAGUACACAAAGUGGUGAUGAUUAACGGUGGUGGACCUACAGCCCUAGAACCCAGCCUCUGUUCAGUUUUUAAUCUGCCAUCGUGUGUACUAAACUGGUUGUCACCCUGUCUAUCAUGGAGCUUCCUCAUGGCUGGUUUCGCUCAUCAUGGCCAGAAGGAAAAGAAACUGCUGAAAGAGAAAAAUGCCUUCAAUGUAUCGUCUUUUGUGCUGCGGUCAAUGAUGAACGGGCAGUACUGGCCAGAGGGUGACGAGGUGUACCAUGCUGAACUCACCGUGCCAAUCCUCCUGGUACAUGGCAUGUAUGACAGGUUUGUGCCAAUUCAAGAGGAUCAGCACAUGGCAGAGAUACUGCUGCUGGGCUUUCUGAAAAUCAUCGAAGAAGGAAGUCACAUGGUGAUGAUGGAAUGUCCUGAUGCUGUCAAUACUUUGUUGCAUGAAUUUUUUCUUUGGCAGCCAGCAACUGCCUCCAAACCCAAACAAGAAACAGCAUUUCCACCAAAUACUAGGAAAAUCAGCACCUCCAGAGAAACAGCACGGCUGACAAAUGUAAUACUAAAGCAAGAAUCAAAGCCAGUAACUCACCAAAAGACUGUGUGCACAUAAGUAGACAAUGGAAAGUGUCUAUUUAGACAGAUCUAUUAGAUUUGUCAGAGUAGGAAAGUCACAGCUUGUAAAUAGCAAAAGGAAAGGAUGUCAUAUUUUCUACUAUAUACAUAGUUCAGAAAACUACAGGCAUUACAGAACUGAAUGAAUAAACUGCAGGUGCAGACGGGGCUCAAUGUUGGACAAGCAUCCGAUUCAAGGUGUAUUCCUAGUGCAUCACCAUGACCUGACCAGGAUAAACCACUUACUGAUAGUCAGUUCUCUCAAUGUCUUUUUAUGUAUUGUGAACAAAAACCUGUUUCACUUGGAAUGAACAUAUGACAAUGUUCAAGAUGGCACUGCAGAUGGCUGCUUCAGCGCAACUCUCCAGUACUUUUUUGUUUACUUUGUGUGUUUGGUCACAUCUGCAUCAUCUUGUAUAGUCUUUAUUAUCUUGCAUAGUAUAGUGUUAUGUCUGUACUUUUGAGAGUCACAAACAGCUGGAACCAAAUUCCUUGUGUGUGUCAAACACACUUGGCCAAUAAACCUGAUUCUGAGGUUAGAAAACCCUGGGCAAAAAUUAUUCAAAUAUUAAAUGUCUUCCAGUCUUAAAUAACCACCUAAGGUUAUGAAAUGUUUCCAAUUUCCAUACCCCCCCCCCUUAAAGAGCUAUAAAUUGUGUCAUUUUCUAUUGUGUAAUUUUGUCUGAAUUUUUCAAAUAAAAAGAACUAAGAACACAUUUUGUAUAUCCAAACAGUUUGGGCAAAGGUUUGUUUUUAGUAAAGA